UAUUAAAACAAAAUGAGCUCCGGUGAAAUAAAUCGUACAUAUGUAAAAUUUUAAAAACGUAAUUAUCAAACUGAUAUUUUAUUUGGCGAUAAAAUUAUCACAAAUUUCUGUUAAAAAGUACCUGCCGCAUUAGCAUUCAAAAUUCUGGAUAAAUCAUUAUGGCUUUAGCAUUUCAAUUGUUGUCAAAAUUACGAUUGGGAGCUGAAACAUGUCGAUGUGGAAAUUUUCGAAUAAAUUCAAAAUCUAUAUUAAAUUUAUACAAUUCUAGAAAUAGACGAAAUAUACACAAUAAGAAACUAGAAGACAUCGAUCGAUCAGCAAAAAUACGAUCAUUUGUUUUGGGACGAUAUAUCAACUAUGUAAAAGAUUACGAUAAAGUAUUAGAAACACGUUUUCCAGCUGCAAUGCGUGUAUAUCGAGUAUUUAUGGUUGGGACCAAAGAAUUUUAUACGGAUUUAAAAUCAUUUUUAAGAAUAAUUAAAGCAUUGAACACAUCAAAAGAUGGAUUUAAGUGUUUGAAACGUAAUGAAAUUGAAUUGUAUCAUAAAAUGCCCAAAGAUAUGGUUCGAGUUGCACCUGUUUUAUUGUUAAGCGCUGUACCGUUAUCGAAUUAUUUAAUAUUUCCUUUAGCGUAUUUUUUCCCUAGAUUUUUACUAUCAUCACAUUUUUGGUCAAUUCAACAACGAUCCGAAUUUGCCAUAAUGAAUUUAUCGAAACGGUUAGCUCAUUAUAAACCGGUAUUUCGAUGUAUACAAGAACGACUAAAAGACAUUCAACCUAUGGAAAUGCAUUUAAAAUGGGCAGAAGUGAUUAGUUUAUUGGGUAGUGGACAACAGCCCACGGCACACGUUAUUAACGAAUGUAAAUGUUUGUAUGAUGAGAAAAAUGUGUAUCAUAUCAAACAGUUAACGAAGCCACAUAUCAAGGAAUUAUUAAAAAUGCAUAAUUUACGUGUGGGAUUAUUCCGUCGACGCAGACGCUUAAUCGACCAUGCAAAAAUUUUACAUGAAAUGGAUAUGGCAAUAUUACGUGAAGGUGGCGUUACGGACAUGACGUGUGAUGUAUUAAAGAAUGCAUUAUUUAUUCGAGGUUUAAACGGAACCAACAUGAAACACGAAGACAUGAUACAAUUCUUAAAUUCAUGGCUUUGUGUAUCGCAAUCUUUAGAUGAAAAUAACAUCACCUUAUUGUUGCAUCUACCAAUCCUGUUAGCGUAUAAUCAACCCUCGAAUUGGAUGUUAAUUUAUAAUAAACGAUACAAACAUAUCGUUUAAAAUCAAAAUUCUAGCUUGCUCUCAAAAACGUUUUUUUCAUUGGAUUUUUGUUGAAUUAUUACGUUAAAAUUUAUUCGACCGCUUUUUUGUGUUAAUUCCAUAACGCAGCCAUCUUUUAAUCCGAAAGAAGGUUUAUUUCAUCGUCUUUAGUUUUUGUGUUUCUAAUUUCUGGUUAUUCGAUCCAUAUUAUAUCGUAGAUUAAAGAUUAAAAUGAUUAUAAUUUAAAAUUUUCGGCCGUAUAUGUUCAGACUUUCGAAAUACAUAAUCGAAUAAUCUUAAAUUCAUGUUGUCAAGUGAAUAAAUUAUAACGUAAUGAUAAAAUUAAACUGCCUAAAAUUGUUAAUUU